AGGCGAAACCUGUGGUCCUCGGGAUGUUGCUCUUGGACGGUCACAAGAAGCCAUCCAUCGGCAGCUUUCAUCAUGCAGGCAGCUUCGACUAUCAAAUCAAGCAGGAAGUAGUGAAAGGAUUGACCUUGGAAGUGUGUCACGAAGGAAAGCUGACGAAAGACCUAGAAGACAGUCUGGCAAAGAGUGUGGCAGCCUUGGAGGCGGCGGGCGCCUCGGUGAUUUGUGGUUCCAGUGGCUCCAUGCUCUUCUUUCAGCCCUUUGUCCGGCAGAAGACCAAGCUGCCAGUGAUUUUGAGUGCCAUGGCCAUGCUUCCAUCAGUGUCCUGCUCCUACAGCGCAGAUGAGAAGGUCGCGAUCUUCUACGCUGGGAGCAACGUCCCCGAAAGCUUGCUGAAAGAGGAGUAUCGAGUGGACUUGAAGGACUCUCACUAUCACUUUGAGCGCUGCGACGACCUGCCGGGCUUCAAGGAGGUCGCCGCGGGCAGCGAUGACGCCACCCAGCUGGAGUCCCUCAAGACGGGGCUCCUCGCAAGGGCGCACAAGGUGCUGGAAGACAACCCCAAGGUGAGGGCCUUUGUCCUGGAGAAUACGGAGCUUCCUCGUUUCGCACAUGCGUUGAGGAAAGCCACCUUUAGGCCCGUCUUCGAUGCUAUCAAGCUUUGCGACUUCUACAUCAACAGCCACAUGGACAACCCCCGCUUCGGACUCAAAGACUGGGACGAUGCGAGGAAGGGGACGAGCCCCGCGUUCAACUUCGGACAGACCUUGUCGAUGGGCGUGGGAGAGCUCGAAAGCUUUGCGAAGCCUGUCCUGGAUCUGGUGAAGGUGCCGGAUUUGGCCAUGCAGGUCUAUGAGGGCUCCAAACAACAUGCUGUUUCCAUGUGGUACCGAAGUCACCGAGCCGGUGUGAAGCUGGGCGUGAUCCGCUUGGAUUACCACUAUCCCCCCGCACCGGGUGACGUGGAUCACCCAGGCAGCUAUGGCUAUGAGGUGCUCUAUCACAUGGUGUCGGGCCUAACCUUUGAGAUGUGCCAAUCGGGGAAGCUCACGCCCGAAGUGCAGGAUCGCUUUCUCAAGGGUCUCAAGGAACUCGAGGCCAAGGGCGCUUCCGUCAUCACCGGGGAUUGUGGCUUCAUGAUGUGGCUCCAAGAGCUGGCGCGGAAGAACACCAAGCUCCCAGUCAUCAUGUCCUCCUUAGCCACACUGCCAGCAAUUACCGCCUCAUACCACCGGGACGAGAAGAUCGCCAUCUUCACCGCCAACGGCAAAAGCCUCCUCACGAUGAAAGACCUCAUCAUGAAGGAGUGUGGCGUGGACGUCAAGGACGAGCGCUAUAUCUUCGUGGGAUGUGAAGAGGUGCCGGGGUUCGAGGCGGUGGCCGCCGGAGAGAAGGUGGACGUUAAGAAGGUGACUCCUGGCAUCGUGAAGAAGGCUCAAGAGAUCCUCAGUGCCAACCCCAAGGUGCGCUCGAUCUUGAUGGAGUGCACGGAGCUGCCACCCUACAGUGAUGCCGUGCGCCACGUCUGUGGUGUGCCGGUCUUCGACGCCAUCACGGCCUGUGACUUCUACAUCGCUUGCCAUGUGGAUAGCCCGAAGAUGAAGGUCUGAUCGGCGUUCACAAAACCUACAAGAGUGUCUUCUGACAGCCAUGUAGACACUCCGCGAAGUAGAAACCGUCUAAAACGUCGAGCGGCUCAAAGUCGCCGCUGGACAAGCGCAGGAAAUGUCGAAAGUCCAACGGUUCUGAUCAAGUUCCCUGGUGUGAAUGCAACACCAGACCUAGUAGAAAUGGCCUCCAACCUACGACC